AUGAUUUCAAUUGACGAACACGACCCCAUUGCUCCAAAGUACGAGGCCCCAUACCUCAAACUAUAUUCCUUGGCAACUCCCAACGGUCAGAAAGUUGGCAUCUUUCUUGAACUAUUGAAACCUUAUAUAAAAAAACCCAUCCAUGUCACUACCAUAGACAUCCUGAAGAAUACCCAAAAGGAGCCUUGGUUUAUUAACUUGAACUUCAAUGGUCGAAUCCCGACACUCUCUGAUGUCGACGCCGACGGCAACCGCACCACCAUCUCAGAAUCUGGGGCGAUCUUAUUGUAUCUCGCAGACAAGUACGACAUCGAGCGUAAAUUCAGCUAUCCGCCAGGUGACCCAUUAUAUUACGAUCAAUUGGAAUGGAUGUUCUUCCAAGCUGCUGGUUUGGGACCGAUGCAAGGCCAAGCUAACCAUUUUAGGGUCUUUGCUAAUGAGGAAGUUCCUUAUGCCAUCAAGAGAUAUGUAGAUGAAACUAAAAGACUCUACGGGGUUUUGGAACUAAAAUUGAAAAAGACCGGCACUGGUUAUCUUGUUGGUGACAAAUUGACUAUUGUGGACAUCAUGUGCUACCCAUGGGUUGCAUUACAUAAAAAAUCGACUGGUGAGAGUAUCCAACAUUUACCACUGUUAAGCACUUGGUUAGAAAGAAUUGCUGCUCUUAAGGAGAUCCAAAUAGGUGCGAAGGUUGCUUCCAGAGGUAGUAAGCCACAAUAA